CUCCCUUUUCCACCCCUCGGAGUGGAGCUGCACUUGCGGCUGCUCCCUGCUCGGUCCCACCCAGCCUCCGUCGCGCAGGAACGGGUCCCUGCAGCCCCCAGCCGAUGGCAGGACAGUAGCCGCCUGUCAGGGGUCGCGAAGGGCUGAGGCAGACGCGGCGGCUCCCGGGCCUCAGAGAGUGGGUGUCUCCGGAGGCCAUGGGCUACCCCGAGGUGGAGCGCAGGGAACUCCAGCCCGCGGCAGCGCCGCGGGAGCGCGGGAGCCAGGGCUGCGGCUGUCGCGGGGCCCCUGCCCGGGCUGGCGAAGGGAACAGCUGCCGGCUCUUCCUGGGUUUUUUUGGCCUCUCGCUGGCCCUCCACCUGCUGACGUUGUGCUGCUACCUAGAGUUGCGCUCCGAGUUGCGGCGGGAGCGGGGAGCCGAGUCCCGCCUCGGCGGUCCCGGUAACCUCGGCACCUCGGGCACCCUGAGCAGCCCCGGUGGCCUUGACCCCGACGGUCCCAUCACCCGCCACUUCGGGCAGCCAUCCCCGCAGCAGCAGCUGCUGGAACGGGGAGAAGCUACGCUCCCCCCAGACGCCCAGGACGGGCACCAGACGGCCCUUCUGAAUUUCUUCAUCCCUGAAGAAAAGUCAUACUCUGAAGAGGAGAGUAGGCAUGUUCGCCGCAAUAAAAGAAGCAAAAGCAGUGAAGGAGCAGAUGGUCCAGUUAAAAACAAGAAAAAGGGAAAGAAAGCAGGACCUCCUGGGCCCAAUGGCCCCCCAGGACCUCCAGGACCUCCAGGACCCCAAGGACCCCCGGGGAUUCCAGGGAUUCCUGGAAUUCCAGGAACAACUGUUAUGGGACCACCUGGCCCUCCAGGUCCUCCUGGUCCUCAAGGACCCCCUGGUCUCCAGGGACCUUCUGGUGCUGCUGAUAAAGCUGGAACUCGAGAAAACCAGCCAGCCGUGGUGCAUCUGCAGGGCCAAGGGUCAGCAAUCCAAGUCAAAAAUGAUCUUUCAGGUGGAGUGCUCAAUGAUUGGUCUCGCAUCACCAUGAAUCCCAAGGUGUUUAAGCUACACCCCCGCAGUGGGGAGUUGGAGGUACUGGUGGACGGCACCUACUUCAUCUAUAGUCAGGUAGAAGUAUACUACAUCAACUUCACUGACUUUGCCAGCUACGAGGUGGUGGUGGAUGAGAAGCCCUUCCUGCAGUGCACCCGCAGCAUCGAGACAGGCAAAACCAACUACAACACUUGUUACACGGCGGGCGUCUGCCUUCUCAAAGCGCGGCAGAAGAUCGCCGUGAAGAUGGUGCACGCCGACAUCUCCAUCAACAUGAGCAAGCACACCACCUUCUUCGGGGCCAUCAGGCUGGGCGAGGCCCCUGCAUCCUAGAUUCCGCCCCCUCCCCAAUCCCGUUUUGACCCUGCCCACGCUCCUACCCCAGGGUAGGGAGCCGGGACUUCCAAAACCUCUAAGUGCUGCUGUGGAGUGAGGUGUGUGGGUGUCGCAGCCGCAGAGAAAAAUGCCCCAGUGCUAUUUAUUCCCCGGUGACUCCAGGAUGACAAGGCCUGCUUGACUUUCCAGAAUGACCUUGAGUGAACAGGACAUGAAGCAGAACCUUCCUCCUUGGCUCCGUGUUGACUGCUUCUGGCAUGACUCUUCAACCUCGAGGUCCCGGGUGUCAUUUUGUUGCACUAAAGUGAGGGGCUCAGGCAGCAGGCGAGAAUUAGCAAAGGUGUAGCCCAGACUGUGGG